ACAUUAUUAUGAAGGCCCACAAUGUUAGAUCUUUGUAAACCCAUUGUUGGGCUGAAGCGUUACCUAAUUUACCUUCCCCGAUUUACACAGUACUACACAUGCCUAACAAGCGAGUUCGAGUCAUAAAGCAUCUCUCUCUCUCUCUCUUCUCGAAACCAUGGCGGGAAAGCAUAUCGCCGGCGACCCUUUUGCGUCUAAUCUUCUUUGGAUGUCAAAGAACCAGCUCUACGACAUCAUGUCUCAGAUGAAUUCUCUAAUCGAACAGAAUCAACAGCAAGCGAGACAGAUACUGGUAGAGAAUCCUCUUUUGACGAAAGCACUUUUCCAGGCACAGAUCAUGCUUGGAAUGGUGCAACCUCCACAAGUGAUGCCAAACAUUCAGCAAUCACCAUCUCAGCAUCCUCAGCAAGCAGUACAAACAAAUCAGCAGCUGAACAUUCAGACUGCACACACAUUACCAAUCCAAGUUGGACCACAAGAUCAAGGAAGUGCAUCUCAGACCCAAACUACAGUGAGAAAGCAACAACUGAAUCAACCUGCCGUGCCUGUCUCAUCAGCUUCUGUUCCACAAGUGACCCUUCAGCCAAACACUAUGUCAUCACAUUCUCUGCAGGCAUUACAGCAGUCCAAGGGGCCCUUGAGUGCACCACUUACCCCAAUAUCGCUUCCACAAUCCUCCUCACUACAUAAUAUACCUUCUCUUCCAUUACAUUCUGCUCCACAGCUAACUCCACUUCUUCCACCCCAGAUACCUAAUUUCUCCAGUCAGUCACAACAAUCGAUGCAGACAGCAGGCUUUCCCCAUCUGCCACUGCAACCACCAUUGCUGCUGCAACCUAGGCCAUCUUCAAUGCUUUCAAUCCCUCCUUUCCCAAAUCAGCUUCACUCACAAAUGGGUUUGAAUCUGGGUUUCCAGCCAUCUGGUGUAACCCAGCCUCAUCUCUUGCAACCCACAUUUCAUUCAGGUUCUAAACCCCCAACUACCAUUGAUUCUUCAUUUCCACAGGGACAGCCACCACUGCCACCACAGUCACUGUAUCAGACGGGCAGUUCACAUUUCGUAACGGACUAUAGUCAUGCUGGAAAUUCCAUGCAAGUAGAAAGAGGUGCUGCUUGGAUGCCUACUCCACCAGAUAAUGCAGCAGGAGUGCCGCUUCCAGGCCCACCACAAUUGGUACCUGGUCAUGUUGGACCUGGCAGUCAGCCUCCUCGUCCUCCACAGUUGUCACCUGAAAUGGAGAAGGCACUACUUCAGCAAGUUAUGAACCUCACACCCGAACAGAUUAAUCUCUUGCCCCCAGAGCAAAGGCACCAAGUGCUUCAACUUCAGCAGAUGCUGCGCUAAAUGAUGGGCAGGAGUCUCCUAUUAUGAGGCACAAUCCAGUAGACAAUCAUAAGUCUUAACCUUGCAGUUUGACUGAAUAUUGUAGUUAAGCUGGUGCUAGCGUUGUUCACCAUCAUAUUAAGAUAUUGGCCAGCCUAAGUGAAGGAAUUAGCUGAAAUGCCAUCAGGAUGAUUCCAUGCAACAAGAAGCAGAACUGAGCAUGUUGAGGUAUCUUAGGUUGGUUGCUGCUACAGCUGCUCUAACCCCCAUCAAUAGCAAUCUUUCAUUAUUAAGGGUUUUCCAUGAUAUCUUCCUAAUUUGGUUCUCGACUGUUCUUUUGCGAAUGUAACAUUUUAUCCAGCCAAGUUUCUUUUCUUAUUAGUGUGAAUUGAAUUCUAUAAUUAAUGCAAGCCUUCAGAUGGGUUGCAGGGAUA